AUGUCUCAAAAGCAAACCAUCACUUCUUCUCUCCUAUUAUCUCUCCUUGUGAUCAAUUCACUUUUAAUCAUUUCUAUUUCUUCCCUUCCUGUCAAUCAAACACAUCACUACGUUCAGGACUAUGUUUUUGAUCAUCCAAGUUGUUCACUCGAUUCACUCGCUCAGGUAACUUUACUUCCAGCUGCCUUGUCCAGCACCAAUGCUGCCUGUGUCAAUGCAGGAAGAUACUAUCAAAAGACGUAUUGUGAUGGUGAUGUUGGUAUUGUAGAAAGUCAUUGUGAUGACACUUGUAACAAGUGUGAAAAAGUUAACAAGCUAGAAGCUGUUCCAUGCACUUCCAACUCGAAAGGAGGAUCAUCUUUUCAAUUUUGUGGAAAAUUGGCAGUUACUGCCUUUCCAAAAUUAUUGUGGGUAUUGGAAUAUGAACAAAGUGAUGUUGAUUGUGAAUUGAAAGAUAAAAUGUUUAGAAUUAGUGGAUUGACCAUUGAUAAGUGUGAACAAGAGGUAUCCAAUCAUGGAUGGUAUAGAACUUGCAAUCAAACUCAUUACAGUAUUAAGGAAUACUCUGGUGAAAAGUGUGGAAAAUUGUACAGAGCUUACAAUGGAAAGACCAAUUUCUGUGAAGAUAAGACAAGUUAUGAAUGUGUUUAAAUAAAAUGGGAAAAUAAUAUUAAUAACAUAAAAAAA